AUGGGCAAAUUAAUGCUCAAAGUGGGUCAUUUCGGUCAAGCUGAGGAACUCUACAAUGAAUUACUCGAGAAUGCUUCUGAUGAUAGUGACAGGGCAUUUAUAUAUCACAUGCUUGGAAUGAUGAAAAACAGGCAAGGUAAAUAUCCAGAAGCAGUUAAAUUCUACGAAAAAGACCUCAAAAUAUCCCAGAAAACACUCUCACCAGAUGAUCCAGAGUUGGCUGCUAGGUACAACAACAUUGGUCAAGUGUACAACGACAUGGGUGAAUACUCGAAAGCACUGGAAUAUUACGAAAAAUAA